CUCCCCGCCCCCCUUCUGGUCUUAUUUUUUCGAAUUCAUAUUGGGUUUUUCUUCUGGCGUAUCUUGUUUUGCUCUUGAUUAACCUCGAUACCGGUUUUUGUUUAUUGUAUUCAAAUUUUAAGCUCUGAUUCUGCAUGUGCUUUGGUUGAAUUUGUUUCCUGAAGAAGUUCCAAAUAAUGGAAUCCAGCUGUAUCUUCGUAUGCCUUCAAAUAUCUUACUUUCUAUUCUUUUCAUUACUAUUGCCGGCGCCUUAGCGUGAAAGUCUUCUGGGAUUUUGUUCCCUUGACUAAAGCUAUUAUUGAGAAGCGUUUCUUUGGAUGAACAAUGUUAUCGCUUUUAAAUGAAGAGCUAUUUCCUUCUCUUUCAUGGGCAAAUUGCUGUAGAACUGGAAACAAAAAUGGAACCGGCGUGCUUUGACUGUAAUGGGGGUGUCUCAAGGAGGAAAAAUUUGAAAUCAAUUUCUUCACAGACUAGCACUGCUGAUAGUGACCAUGGUUGCUUUGAGUGCAACAUAUGUUUGGAGUCAGCUCAUGAUCCUGUGGUCACUCUGUGCGGUCACUUGUACUGCUGGCCUUGCAUAUUCAAGUGGCUUCAAGUUCAGGACUCUUCCGAUGAAUCAGACCAGCUGCAACCUACAUGCCCAGUUUGUAAAGCCGAUCUCUCUCAUACUUCAUUAGUCCCUCUUUAUGGCAGAGGUGCGCAUAGUUCGGAUUCUGAGCCCAAGAAAACCCAGAUGGAUAUAGGAAUACCUCGUAGACCGCCUCCUCACACAUCGAAUGCUACCUUAAAUUCUCCAAGUGCAUCUACUUCUCAACUGGGUCAACUCCCAAGCUACUUCCAGUCGCAAACGCAGCAAUACUUGCCUCACCUUUAUGGAGGAUAUGCUAUUAAUAGAACACCAUAUCUUGGUGUUGCAGCCCUGACUAGUCUCUCCUAUCCUAUUAUUGAUAUGUUCAGGGAAACGGUCUUUGCAGGGAUCUUUGGGAGUUCCGGUUCUAAUUCAUUGGCGCAUCGUUAUGCCCGUUACUACCCUCAUAUUAGGAGUGACAGUCAUAGAAUGAGAAGGCAGGAAAUGCUCAUUGACAAGUCUCUGAGCAGAGUAUCUUUCUUUCUCCUCUGUUGUGUCAUUCUGUGUCUUCUCUUGUUUUGAAGAUAUUAAUGUAGACUUUAUAGACAAAUGACUUGUGUAGUCCUAGAUAUUAAGUACUGUUUAGAGAUUGGCUGUAGGUUAUGUGAAUAGUAAAUAGCAUGUCUUGGUUUGAUUUUUA